GCUGCUGCUGCUGCCACCGCUGCUGGUCCUGUCCCACCCCGCCUCCAGGCUCGGCCCCGCCUGAGGGGCAGGACCGCAGCGGCGCGGAGCGGUUGCCGGCAUGUUGUGCGGGGGGACCUCGGCCGCCCGGCCCGCCACCGACGAGACGCAGCAGAUAGCCGACAAGGUGAAACCUCAGAUAGAAGAAAAAGAAGGGAAAACGUUUGAUGUCUUCAAUGCAGUGGAGUUUAAAACUCAGGUGGUUGCUGGAACAAACUACUUCAUCAAGGUCCAUGUUGGCAACGAUGAGUACGUGCACCUGCGAGUGUUCCAGAGCCUCCCUCACGAGAACAAGCCUCUGAGCCUCCACAGCUACCAGAGCAGCAAGACUAAGCACGACCAGCUGACGUUUUUCUAGCAAGCUCUUCUUGUGUGUUUCCCUAGUACUUUCUUAGGGGCGUUUUCUGUAGGCUGCAAAAUGUUGAUUCCUGUGCCAACAAAGGAGAAAAAAAAAAGUGUCUGUUUUGUUGUCAUUGUAAGCUUAAUGCUGGGGAAAAAAAAAUCAAUUGCUUUUAUGCUGUCCCCUUCCCAUGCAAUAUCUAUAUUUUAGGGUCACACAGCUCCCCUUUCCCCCAUACUAAUGCAAACCCAAGUAGCUGCACUGACUUCAGCGCAUCUUACCUGGAAUACUGUGGCUGAGCCCUGUUUGUGGGCUUCCGUGGUCUGGCAAUUGGGAGUGACACUCUGGUAUUUACAAGGAGGAAGAGGAAAACCAGAGGCUUUUCUGUGACUAUAUCUGUAGACUGAAAUUGUACUAUUUGUUUUAUUGGCAAAGACCUGAAGAGAGGCUUGAGCUGAAGCAAUUUUGAAAGCAAGAGAGGGAAGAGGAUUCUAGUCUUCUGAAACAAACAUUCCUUGUUUGUGCUCCUGCAGCAGCAGGGUAUAACAUCCAGUAUAGGGUAUAUGAGUUUACAAAAGCCACCUAACAUUUUCUUAGUCCGUAGGGAAAGUUCUGGAAAAGAAUUGAAGCUGGACAAGCAUUUCUGCAUUAUCAUAGAAUCAUGGAAUGGUAGGAGUUGGAAGGGACCUUUAGAGAUCAUCUAGUCCAACCCCACUGCAGAAGCAGUUUCGCCUAGAUCAGGUCACAUAGGAACAUGUCCAGAUGGGUUUUGAAAACCUCCAAGGAAGGAGACUCCACACCCUCCCUGGGCAGCCUGUUCCACUGCUCCCUCACCUGAAUGGUGAAAUAGUUUUUCCUUAUGUUUAAGUGGAACUUUCCAUUAGUAACAAUAAAUCUUUCUCUUGAACUGA